AUUAUUAAAAUGAUUAACUCAACUUCAACUUCAACUCAAAGACCAGUUUUGGCUCUUUCUCACCAAGAAAACAUUGAACACUUUGAUAUUGAGCAAUUAGUGAGUCGUCUUAGACAUAAGCUUUCAGGUAAAAAGUUUGUACUCGUCUUAGAUGAUAUAUGGGAUGAUAACCGUUCAAAAUGGAUUGAGUUGAAAGAUCUGAUAAAAGUUGGUGCAGUAGAAAGCAAAAUCUUAGUGACAACACGUAGUAACUUGAUUGCUUCGAUGAUGGGAACGGUUCCCAUGUAUACUUUAAAAGGUCUUUCUUUGGAUAAUUGUUUGUCUCUCUUUGUCAAAUGGGCAUUUAAGGAAGGAGAAGAAGUAAAGUAUCCACAUCUAUCGGAGAUUGGAAAAGAUAUAGCGAAAAAAUGCCGAGGGAUUCCAUUAGCAGUGAAAACGUUAGGAAGUUCACUCUUCUCAAAAUUUGAUUUAGAUAAGUGGAAGUUCGUCAGGGACUCCCAAAUAUGGAAUUUAAGGCAAAACAAAGAUGAUAUUUUACCUGUGCUUAAGUUAAGCUAUGAUCAAAUGCCAUCCUAUUUGAGACAUUGUUUUGCUUAUUUUUCCCUUUUUCCCAAAGAUUAUCUUUUUACUCUUGGUGAAAUUUGUAAUCUAUGGGAUGUAUUUGGAUUAGUUCAAUCACCAAAUGGAAGUCAAAAGCUAGAGAACAUUGCAAGAGAUUAUAUAGAUGAGUUACAUUCAAGAUCAUUUCUUCAGGAUUUUGAAGACUUUGGCCAGACAUGUGUUUUCAAAGUACAUGAUUUGGUGCACGAUCUUGCAAUGUAUGUAGCAAAAGACGCAUUUGUGGUGGUAAACUCCUAUACUCAAAAUAUACCUGAGCAAGCAAGACAUUUAUCAAUUGUUGAAAAUGACUCACUUGGUCAUGCUUUGUUUUCCAAGUCGAAAAGUGUGAGAACUAUUUUGUGUCCCAUCCAAGGAGUAGGUGUCGAUAGUGAAACUCUCUUGGAUUCAUGGAUAUCAAGAUACAAAUACUUGCGCUAUUUAGAUUUAAGUGAUUCUUCAUUUGAGGAGCUGCCUAAUUCGAUUUCUAAAUUGGACCUUCUUCGAGUUCUCAUUCUUUCUCGCAACAGCAAAAUCAGAAGACUUCCUCAUUCUAUAUGUGAACUCCAAAAUUUGCAAGAGUUGUCAGUCAGAGGAUGCAUGGAGCUUGAAGCAUUGCCUAAAGGACUAGGGAAGCUAAUCAACCUUCGACAAUUGUUUAUAACAACAAAGCAAUCUGUUUUGUCACAUGAUGAAUUUGCAAGCAUGCACCAUCUUCAAACUUUGGGUUUUCAUUAUUGUGACAAUUUGAAGUUUUUCUUUUACGCUGCACAACAACUCGCUUCCCUUGAAACAUUGUUUGUUCAAUCAUGUGGGAGCCUAGAGGUCUUACCUCUAUAUUUUUCCUAAAUUACAAACUCUGUUAAUUUCGGACUGUGAGAUGUUAAAUCCAUGGUUAUGUAAUGAAUGCCCAAUCACAAACUUAAGCUUGAUGAAACAUCUGUAUCUUGGGGAUUUUCCAAGUCUUUUGACGUUGCCUCAUUGGAUUUUAGGUGCUUCAAACACAUUACUUUCCUUGGUAAUUAAAAAUUUUCCAAACCUUAAGUCGCUCCCCGAGUGUCUAUCAUUCUUGACUUGUCUUAAGAGGCUUCAAAUUGUUGACUGUCCUCAACUGUUGAGUCUUCCAAAUGACAUGCAUCACCUCAUUGUCCUCAAAUACUUGGGAAUAGACGGUUGUCCUGAAUUGUGCCGAAAAUGUCAGCCUCAAUUUGGUGAGUACUGGCCCAUGCUUUCUCAUGUCAAACACGUUUUCAUUGGAGAUCCAAAUGGAAAGGAAAACUGAAGUCGUCAUCUGCCUUUAAGGUAGGUCAAGCCAAUAGGCACCAUCAUUGUUAGGAUCCUGAGGAAGGUUAGUACCAUUUUGUUCUAUUGGAACAGGAUUUGACUCUUCACCUUUCUUGUAUAGUAACGCUCCAUUGGAGAAAAACCAAUUGAC